AUGCUUGCCGAGCAAAUGAAACGUUAUGUGCAGGCUUUUGAUUUAAACCUACUCAGCUCAUCCACUAUUGAAGCAAGCUCUUUCAACGACUCUACGGAUACUUGGCGCUUUAAGAUUCGCACACCAUGGGGAUUAAAAACAGUUACAUCCAAACAUGUUGUGCAAGCAACCGGGGUUGGGUGCACCAAGCCAUAUAUCCCCCAGCUUCCAGGCAGCUACGAUGGUGUCAGCAUUCAUUCGUCGCAGUAUAAGAAUCCCUUGGAACUGAAGAAGCUCGGAGUCAAGUCCGUGAUUGUUGUUGGAUCAGCCAACUCAGGAUUCGAUCUCAUGGAAGACUGUGCAAAGGCUGGUGUUGAGACAACCAUUGUUGCCCGUAGCCCUACAUAUAUUUUUCCCUGGGACUACUCUCUCGACCCUCUAGGCCUAGGCGUGUACGACAGUUUGCCAGUCGAUUUGGCAGACAAAAUCAUGAUGAGCAGCCCCUUGGGAGUUGGUGGCCAGAUAAUGGUAGAACAGGCUGCCGUUCUAGCAGCUAAGGAGCCAAGUCGAUACCAUGCACUCGCCGAAGCGGGAUUUCCCGUUUAUGACAGUCUCCAUGGUGGAGACCUCUUGCAUAACCUUAUUGAAAGGGCAGGGGAUCAUUUCAACGAGAUUGGCGAUGGUAUUGGGCUGAUAGUGGCCGGUACUGUUGCAGUAAAAUCAAACGUUGAACCCACUGAGCUGAUAACUACUGGCUUGAAAUUUAGUGAUGGAUCAACCGUGAAUGCAGAUGCGAUUCUCUGGUGCACGGGGUUCGCGGACAAGAACCGCGAAGCCACCAUAGAGAUUUUUGGUCAGAGGCUUUACGUCGAAGGAGAUAAUCCAGAAGACAAGAUUCUGGGUCCAGAAGAGAUUGCUUCGUGGAGAGACGGCAUCUGGGGAGUUGAUUUCGAGGGGGAGGUUCGCGGCAUGUGGAAACGUCAUCUUCGAGUGAAGAAUUAUUGGGUCGCUGGAGGUGGUACUUCACACCAUCGUUAUUUUUCCCGACUACUGGCUUUGCAGAUUAAGGCGUCAAUUGAGAGAUUCUUGCCUGUCGCAUAUCGCCAAUCGCCGGAUCAUUCUUGA